AUGAAGCUCUCACUUCAGAUUCUCGCGUUGAGUGCCGUCUUGCUGUACUCGCUGAAUGUGAGCGCAGCCACUCUUGACGACUGGAGGACGCGGACGAUCUACCAAGUGCUCACCGACCGCUUCGCCAAAGCUGAUGGCUCGACCGAGGGUUCCUGCGAUGUCGUGAAUGGGUUCUACUGUGGGGGAACCUGGAAGGGCAUCGUCGACAAACUGGACUACAUUCAGGGCAUGCAUUUUGAUGCUCUAUGGAUCUCGCCAGUGGUGGCACAGCUGCAGAAUACCACAUCCGAUGGCGAGUCAUACACUGCCUACUGGGCACAAGACUUAUAUUCGCUGAAUUCGAAUUUUGGUACCGCGGAUGAGCUGCGAGAGCUGAUCGACGAGGUGCACCGAAGGGGCAUGUACCUGAUGCUGGACAUUGUCGUGAACCAUAUGGCAUUUGCUGGUCCGUCUGAGAAAGUCGACUACAGUGUUCUCAAGCCUUUUGAUGACCAGAAGUACUAUCACUCGUAUUGUGCAGUCAACGGUAACACGAAUGAAACCAAUGUCGAAGCCUGCUGGCUAGGCUCGAACGUCGUCUCUCUCCCGGAUCUUCGCACCGAAGAUGAUGUUGUCCGAGAUAUGCUCACCGACUGGAUCCGUGAAAUGGUCUCGAACUACUCCAUCGAUGGCCUUCGCAUUGACACAGCGCUCAACGUGGAGCCCGAGUUCUUCCCUGACUUUGUGGAAGCUUCGGGCGUGUUUGCCACAGGCGAGACCAUGCACGGGGACAAUAGCUUCGUGUGUCGAUGGGCGGACACGAUAGGUUCCAUCUUGAACUACCCGAUUUAUUAUGUGUUGGUGAGAGCGUUUGGGAGCCCAACCGGGAAUAUCAAUGAUUUGGUCAGUACCAUCUACACCACGCGCGCCAAUUGCGAGGACCCAUCCGCCUUUGGCAUCUUUUCGGAGAACCACGAUGUGGAAAGGUUCGCUGAAAUCACCAACGACACGGCACUGGCCAAGAACGUCCUGACGUUCACCCUCAUGAGUGAUGGCAUUCCCAUCAUAUACCAAGGACAAGAGCAACACAUGUCUGGCGCCAAUUCACCACAUAUCAACCGCGCACCUCUCUGGAGUACUGGCUAUGACACGGAGGCUGCACUCUAUCGCCAUAUUUCCACUCUGGUCCUUGCACGCCAGCAUUUCAUUCGCGUCUGUGACAAGUACGCAACGCGUGAAAGCCACGUGAUCUACCAAGAUUACCAUACGAUCGCCAUGCGCAAGGGACAUGGCCGCGCGCAAGUCAUCACUGUGCUGAACAACAAUGGCGAAAGCACCGAAGACUUUGAGAUUGACGUGAAAGAUCACAAACUGAAACAUUUCACGGAAGUCACGGAGAUCUUGACGUGCACCCAGCUCACCGUCGGCAAGUCUGGUUACUUGAAGGUUCCCAUGGGAAAAGGUCUUCCGAAGGUCCUGUUUCCCACGAAGCUCCUCGCUCACUCAGGACUGUGUGGCAUGGGUCAUCCUUUGCCACUGCCGUCUCCGACGCUUAUCGCGACAACCUAUGCGACGACCUUUGCCACUACGAUUGGCGGUUAUAGCACCAUGAUUGCGACAUCUGUCACAACCACGGCGCCGUCGACUCCCAAGCGGACCAAGCUGGCAUUGGGGGCAGCCAGUCACUCACACACUACGAACGAUGCCUUGCUAGUUCUGAUCGUAGCCAUGUCGACAUUCCUGGCGUCUUCGGGCGCUUUUCUUUAUCUUUUUGGAUUAUAGUCACUAGGCACCUGACUGUUUGCGGAAGGAGGAAGGAGGGAAAAAAAAACUUCUCCCCACAUGCACAAAACCGGUAUAGAGGCAAUAGAUAGAUGAUGGCGGCGGCACUCCUGUUCGUUCCAUGUACAGCGUUGCGAAGAAUUCACGAAUAU